AUGGAGGAACUUCUGCUCCAAAAUCUAGUCACCGGCGAUGUAGUAGCGCAGAUUCAAGCUGCUACUCAACUCGGUAACCUAAGUGGCAAGCAAAGGCAGAGUUUGGCUGAGAGAGGUGUUAUGCUUCCUUUGAUAUCAAUGCUUCAUUCCCAAGAUUUUGAAGCCAUUGAAGCUGCUCUCUUAGCUCUGCUUAGUCUCGCCUUUGGUAGUGAAAGAAACAAGAGAUGGAUUCUGAAAUCUGGGGCUUUACCGGCGCUGAUAAGCCUCCUCCAAUGUCGAAGCAAAGCGUUGAUGGAACUCGCAAUAACAGCUUUGAUGAUUCUAUCAUCUUGCAAGGCAAACAAGUUAUCAAUUGCCUCGUCUGGCGCCAUUGAGCAAAUCGUUGGAAUUCUCAAUGGAGGCUAUGAUAAUGCUAAUGGUCAUAGCAUGAACAUGAUCAGUAUCAGCAUGCAAGCAAGACUUGAUGCCAUUGCUACACUUCACAACUUCUCGACUUGCCAUCAUAUUUUGCCAUCUUUGGUCUCGUCUGGUGUAGUUUUCUCCUUGCUGCAAAUAAUCUGCAGCUGCGAAAAACAAUCCCAACUGGUUGAGAAGGCUAUUGCAUUACUUGAUGACAUUGUUUCUUCAACCAAGAUUCCGCUCGAGGAAAUAUCCAGUACUUGUGGGGCAAUUGGGGCUUUAGUUGAGACCCUCGAAGAGGGGUCAAUGGAAAGCAAAGAACACGCGGUGAGAAUCCUUCUGCUCAUAUGCCAGAGUUGCCGAGAAAACUCUAGGGGAUUGAUUUUGAGGGAAGGAGUAAUGCCCGGUUUACUGCAGUUGACAGUGGAGGGAACAUGGAGGGCAAAAGCUAUGGCAGAUGAAUUGCUGUUGCUUUUAAGGGAAUGCUCGAGUUACGACCGGAGAAAUCAACAGUCGAGGAAUGUGGUUAUAGAGCAAAUUAUGCAAGAAAUAGAUGCAGAAGAAGAGGUUGCCGGGAGUACUGCACUGAGAGUGCUUGCAAAGCUCAGCAGCAUGCAGUAG